UCGGUCCUCGCGUCGGCAAAUUCUAUCGCACAACCCAUUUACCAACCCUCCACACACGCAGCGCAUGCCGGAGCUCCAAGUUCGCGUCAAGGCCGCGACAAACCUCCGCGAUGUGCAAUUCAUAGGCAAGCAAGACCCGUUCUGCGAAGUCCGACUGAGUGGUCGUGUCUUCCGGACACGAACGCACGACAACGGCGGCAAGAACCCCCGAUGGGAUGACUCGUUUGUGUUCAACGUGGUGGAUCCGCAGAACGAGCAACUGAUCAUCGUGAUCAAGGACUCGAACUGGGUCAGCGACGAAUUCAUUGGCACGUGCAACGUUCCUGUGAAUGCAUUCCUCCAUGGUCAGCUCGUGGAUCAAUGGUAUCCUGUCAACCACGGCCGCAAGCAGAAAGGGUCGAUCAACUUGGCGAUUCAACUCCUUCUUGGAGUUGGACCGACUGCGAGCUACCCCGGGCAAGGUGUUGUACAGCAAUCUUACCCGCAGCAACCCCCGCGUUAUGGCGCGCAACCGGGAUACCCUGGCUAUGCUCCUCAGCCCACAUAUCCGGGAUAUGCCCAAACUCCGUACCCUCCACCUUCCUUCCCCGGACCUCCACCGUCAUACCCGGUACAAACGCCAAGUUAUGGCCAACCCAUGUACCCUGGAGCACAGCCAGGGUACCCCGCGACACAAGGAGCCUAUGCCCCACCACAACAACCCAGCUACCAAAUGUAUCCCGGAGCCCAGCCUGGAUAUCCCGCACCACAAGGAGCGUACCCACCCCCCCAGCAACCGAGCUAUUCGUCGUACCCAGGAGCCCACCCUGGUUACCCGGGGUUUUCGUCUUCACAAGUCUAAUCCUGGACAGUUCGAGAAACGCUGUGCUUUGUUGGUGUCGGAAAGUUUGAGUUCACCCGCGCGCCAUGCAAACGAGACAUGGAGGGCACAACCUGUCUUUGUCGAACAGCAGUGACAGCCGCCUGUGUUCCGACCACAAAACGAGCGGGUCGUCUCGGCUAGACCGCGAGACACCAGGAAUUGAAGCAGACCGUGUUCAAAAGAGCGCGAUGUCGACCUGGAAAGCCACGCGAGCACGCCUCGUUUCCAUUGAAACUUGCGUAGGUGGCGACGGGCAGCACAAGCACGUCGACGGAAUCUUCCUUGUGAUGAAAAGUUGACCUUGUCGCGUUAUCCUUUUAUACAAAUACUUUGAUAAAACGAACAUUCCGCCCAUUCCCCA